AAAUUAUCACUACGCCAUUUCUGAACUGUCGACUUCUUUAAAGGGCAAAUUAUUUCAUACCCAACCCAAAAGUUGGUAUGUAUCUACCACUUCAAAUAAACCUCUUAUCAAACAAAAGCAAAAACCCAUUUUAACACUCACACCUUCCCAUUCACCGUAAUUUUAUAAAUUCUUCUGAACAAAUCUAUACUCCAUCAAAACAAUAUAUACAUUCACUCAAAUAGACACCAAGAACAGCAACAAUUUUCACUCGGCAAGAUUUCGUCGAAAAUAUGGCAGACUACUUAGACGGCAACGUUUUAGCAGCCAAAUCCUUUACCCGUUUCGGUGUUACCCACAUGUUCGGCGUUGUGGGCAUCCCCGUUACCUCCCUCGCCAACCGUGCCGUCCAAAUGGGUAUCCGUUUCAUCGCUUUCCACAAUGAACAAUCCGCCGGCUACGCGGCUUCCGCUUACGGCUAUCUCACGGGCCACCCCGGCCUUCUCUUGACCGUUUCUGGGCCUGGCUGUGUCCACGGGCUGGCGGGGUUGUCCAAUGCUAUGAUCAACACCUGGCCUAUGGUCAUGAUCUCGGGCUCCUCCGACCAAAAGGAUUCCGGCCGUGGAGAUUUCCAAGAGCUUGAUCAGAUCGAAGCUGUUAAACCCUUUUCGAAAUUCUCAGUUAAAGCUAAAGAUAUUAAGGAAAUUCCCAGUUGUGUUGCUAGUGUUUUGAAUCAUGCGGUUUCGGGUCGACCUGGUGGGUGUUAUUUGGAUUUACCCACCGAUGUUUUACAUCAAACAAUAACUGAAUCUGAAGCUGAAAAGUUGUUGGCUGAAGCUGAGAAAGAGAGGAUUUUUGAAGAAUCAAUAGUUCCGCCGAGCUCGGAGAUCGAAAAGGCUGUUGCUUUGUUAAGGAAGGCGGAAAGGCCGUUGAUUGUGUUUGGCAAAGGGGCAGCUUAUGGGAGAGCUGAGGGGGAAUUGAGGAAGUUGGUGGAAAGGACGGGAAUACCCUUUUUGCCAACUCCAAUGGGGAAAGGAUUGGUGAAUGAUGAUCAUGAGUUGGCUGCCAGUGCAGCAAGGUCACUAGCUAUUGGGAAAUGUGAUGUUGCAUUGGUUGUUGGGGCAAGGCUUAAUUGGUUAUUGCAUUUUGGGGAGAGUCCUAAGUGGGAUAAAGAUGUGAAGUUCAUUUUGAUAGAUGUUUGUGAAGAAGAGAUUAAGCUGAGGAAACCACAUUUAGGUUUAGUUGGGGAUGCUAAGAAGGUGUUGGAAAUGAUCAAUAAGGGGAUUAAAGAUGACCCUUUUUGUUUGGGGAAGUCUCAUCCUUGGGUUGAGGCUGUUUCGAAGAAGGUGAAGGAUAAUGUGUCGAGGAUGGAGGCUCAGUUGGCGAAAGAUGUUGUGCCUUUUAACUUUUUGACUCCUAUGAGGAUUAUAAGAGAUGCUAUUUUGGGGUUGGGGAGUCCUGCUCCGGUGGUGGUUUCCGAAGGGGCGAAUACUAUGGAUGUUGGAAGGUCUGUCCUGGUUCAGACUGAGCCUAGGACUAGGUUGGAUGCAGGAACUUGGGGGACAAUGGGAGUUGGUUUAGGUUAUUGCAUUGCAGCUGGUGUGGCUAAUCCUGAGCGGCUUGUCGUUGCAGUCGAAGGGGACUCGGGAUUCGGGUUCAGUGGAAUGGAGGUUGAGACAUUGGUUCGAUACAAGUUGCCUGUGGUUGUGAUAGUCUUUAACAAUGGUGGUGUAUAUGGUGGUGACCGGAGGAGCUCUGAAGAAGUUACUGGCCCGUUCAAAGAUGAACCUGCCCCCACUUCCUUUGUUUCUGGUGCUGCUUAUCACACUUUAAUGGAGGCUUUUGGGGGAAGGGGUUACCUUGUUGGGACACCUGAUGAAUUGAAGUCUGCCCUUUCUGAAUCUUUUUCUGCAAGGAAGCCGGCUGUCAUAAAUGUGAUCAUUGAUCCAUUUGCUGGUGCAGAAAGUGGGAGAAUGCAGCACAAAAACUGAGUUCUUGCUUUUGCUGUGACAAUUAUGGACACGGGCUUUAUGAGAAUUCCCAUUUCAAAAAUCAAGGUGUGCAUUGAUCAUUUAUCUUUUAGAAAGAUCCAUUAGUUUCCUUUUCUAGGUGGAUGCAAGAACAGUGAUCAGUCACGAUUACAUCUAUAAUUGUUUAAUAAUAGUAAUAACAAAGUCACUUUCCACGCGUUGAUGCGGGUGUUAUAUU